AUGGCGGACGAGGUGGCUGCAGGUCCAGAAGCUGGGGCGGCAUUUGUUCGUCGGGGUGAGUGGAUGUGGGAUCAGGUUAAGUGCAAGCAAGCACUGCUACGGGCAGGCGAGUUCGCAAGUGUGGGGAAGCUGUUUGGCACAUCGGGGCCAGAAUGCAACGGUAUGUGGACGGACGUGGAGAAGGCCAAGCCCGAAAACGAGCUGGCAGGUCGAUCAGGCACUGCACUACGAGGCUGCUCGUGUGAUGCGUGA